AGUGACUCUUCUCCACACAAACCCGAGCGGUCGACUAGUAAGGUUGUGACAAAUGUAGAGAAAACACAAACAGAUUUUGUUUGGUUUUGUUUUUCUAACUGGAUGUACUCCUUCUGUUCGUGAGGACUAGAACAAGGUGAAGCAGAGGAUUAAGAAAACGACAGCCGAGUAGUGGUCUAAAUGGUCAGACUCGGAAGCAACGAGGGGAUGUGGAAAGAUACAAGGACACAUUUCUUCUCUAUAAAUACGAUGGUGAUGUUUAUUUGAUUCGACGCCAGCCUGGAGAUUUGAAUAAGAAUGAAGGUCUUUGUGAAGAAGGUGCAGCAGGUGCUCUACGUCCUGCUGCCGUGUGUACUCCAGCUCUGCUGCGCUCAGACUCAAGGAGUGACCGUUUGUGACGGCACCAAGAACUUUCUGAGCACGACUGGAAAUUCAGAAAUCAUGUACAACUUGAUGAAGACGAGGUACAAUAACUGUGACAUUGUGAUGGGCAACCUCGAGAUCACCAUGAUGGACCACACCAGAGACUUCAGCUUUCUGGAGUCUAUCAAGGAGGUGACAGGGUAUAUCCUUUUUGCUAUCAAUGAGUUCAGCCGCCUCCCACUGCACCACCUGCGCAUCAUCAGAGGCAGCACACUGUAUGAGGACCAGUAUGCCUUGGCUGUCAUGGUCAACUAUCAGAUGGAUGGGGAGCAUGGCCUUCAAGAACUGGGCCUGACUCACCUCACAGAGAUCCUCAGGGGAGGAGUGAAGAUCAUCCAGAAUAAGUAUCUGAGCUACGCCCCGCAGGUGAACUGGCUGGACAUAGUGAAGGAUGGAACAGCCCAAAUUCUGAUAAAGGACAAUGGGCCUGAAAGAGCCAGAAGUGAAUCUUCGUGGCCUGCAAGCAUGUCUGACCUGUCAGUCUUCUCCAACCUCCAAACAAUUCAGGGAAGAAAACUUUACAAAGGAAAAUACAGCAGGGGAGGAACCUGUGUACCAGACUGCAUGUUCUUAACUGGGAAGCAGAGGGAGUUUGCUACUAAGUCAGGGGAGUGUCUGCCCUGUCACCCUGAGUGUAAGGUCCAGGAGGGGAAGGAGACGUGCACAGGCCCGGGAGCAAAUAAAUGUCUAGCUUGUGCCAGCCUGAAGGAUGGCCCACACUGUGUCUCCAUGUGUCCUGAGGGUGUUAUGGGGCAGGAGGGAACCAUCUUUAAAUAUCCAGACAAGGAGGGCAACUGUAAACCUUGCCACAACAACUGCACCCAGAGGUGCACCGGUCCAGGAAUCGGGGACUGUACAAUAUCAUCUAGGUACAUUUCAGGGCAAAUGACCACGGCUAUCGUACUGGGAGUGAUUGCCCUCAUCUUUGCUUCCUUCUCCAUUUUCGUGCUAAGUAUUCUCUACCGCCGAAGUGUCGCUAUUCGUCACAAGCGAGCCAUGAGAAGAUACAUGAUGAAUAGCGAAAGUUUUGAGCCCCUGGAAGAUAAAGGGACAAAAUAUGAAGCUCGGACCCUUAAACAUACAGAGCUGCGUAAAAUCAGGCUGCUGGGUAAUGGAGUGUUUGGAUCAGUCCAUAAGGGCAUUUGGAUUCCUGAAGGCGACACAGUGAAGCUUCCUGUGGCCAUUAAGACGAUUGAUGACCGCAGUGGUCGUCGGAAAUUCUCUGAAGUGACCGAUCACAUGAGGACGAUGGCAAGUCUGAACCACAUUAACGUUGUCAGGACCCUGGGUAUCUGUCCCGGUGACAGCCUGCAGCUUGUUACCCCGCUCAACAGGCAAGGCUCGCUGCUAGCACAUGUAAAGAAAAAUAAGGGCAAGCUCAGCCCACAGAGGCUGCUCAACUGGUGUGUUCAAAUUGCAAAGGGUAUGAAUUACCUGGAAGAGAACAGGAUGGUUCACAGGAAUCUGGCUGCCAGAAAUGUACUCCUGAAUGAUAAUUUCACUGCCCAGGUUUCAGACUAUGGCAUUGCAGACCUGCUCUACUCCGAUGACAAGAAGUACUAUUGCAACGAGCCCAAGACACCAAUCAGGUGGAUGGCCCUGGAGAGCAUCUUGUUUCGCAGAUACACUCAUCAGAGCGAUGUUUGGAGUUAUGGUGUGACAAUAUGGGAAAUGAUGUCUUAUGGAGCAGAGCCGUAUUCAACGAUGCGACCACAGGAGGUUCCCGAUCUGCUGGAAAAGGGCGAGCGUUUGCCCCAGCCUCAAAUUUGCACCAUAGAUGUCUAUAUGGUCAUGGUUAAGUGUUGGAUGAUUGAUGAGAAUGUCCGUCCAACAUUCAAGGAGCUGGCGAGUGAAUUUACCAGAAUGGCCAGAGACCCACCUCGCUACUUGGUGAUCAAAGAGGACUGUAGCCAACAGGACCCAUCCCCAGAUGAACCCAUCCAACGAAGUGCAGACCUGGAUGACUUGGAUGAUGUAGAUGUCAACCUUGAGGACCCGUUGGCAGAUGAGAAAGAAGAUGACUUGUCUCCAGCCAACUACUACAUGGCAAAAAGUCUCAAUCGUUACUCUAGGAUGGACACUCACAAAGUGAUUCUUAAUCCAUCCAGCGGAACUGGAUACCUGCCCAUGACCUCAGGUGUUGACAACCAUACACAGGCGAUGUGGCAGUCACGCUCUCGGCUAAAUUCUGCCCGUACUGUGUCCGAGAGCUCGGAAGGCUGCGGCACUGGAAUGGAGAUGGAGAUGGGUGAGGACUUCCCCUUAGCAGGGAGCCUGAAAAGAAGACGUCAUCGUGAGGACAGCGCUUACGUGUCGCAGAGAGACAGCAUGUCCGGCGGGCCACCUGAGACUCCCUCACCAGAGAUGGAAGAAGAAGAUCAAAAUGGAUAUGUGCUUCCUGGAGGGAGCCCGGAGAGAGAUACGUUGCUUUUCUCAUCGCGAGCUGCUCCUGGGAGGAUGGGAAAGUCUCGUUCAUCAGAGCUCCUGGAUGACCCAGAUGAUGAAGAAUACGAGUACAUGAACAAGCAGGUGUGUUUAACGCCUGUAUCACUCAGGCAAGGCAGCCAGUGGCUGAAGCCGAACAAGAAGCGAACCUCUUCAAUGUCAUCACACGUGACAGCGUCCUCAUGUGACACCGCUGUGUCGGUGGAGGUCAGGGGAAGCUACACCAGGAGCAAGGACAACUCUGACUCCGAGCAGCAGGGUUCCAGUGAAGUUGAGUAUGAAUACAUGGACAUCAGAGGCGGCGAAAAGCUGGAAGGUCCGCCAGUACGUGACCCUCCUCCUCCUCCAGCUCCUGUGAGGAUGAGCAGCAAGGUGGAAGAGGAGGAGGAUGAAUACGUGGAGGACGGUAACUAUCAUUACACAAACAGGCAGCCAAAGCUACGACAGGCUCUGCAAGACAAGAAAGAGCUGAAAGUAGAGGGGACAGAGGCGGAUGAAUACGAAGAUAUGGACUGCUUUUCUGCCCCACCACCUGGCGGAGAUGGUGUGGUGUAUCAAAACUUACAGAGGGAGGAAAAUGGGGCAGCUGGGCGCAGAGAGCAACACCAGUAUGUGCGGGCCGGAGUCAGGGUCACGGAGCCUGCUGUCGGUGACAGAUCUUUCGACAACCCAGGAUACUGGCACAGCAGGAUGUUUCUUAAGCCCAGUGCUGUGCCGACAUGAAGAACAUUUUAAAUCUCAUGGACUUCCCUCUCAAACACAGUCAUGAAGGAUCUGAAAUGAGAAAAGCAACCAAAAGCCACGUUAAAGAUGUAGCAUGUAACAAAAUGUACAAAAAACCCCAAACAACACGUGACUAUUUUGCAGCUUUGUCCUUUGUUAUACACCAAAAUUGUUUUUAUUAUGUGAUACAAGCUAUAUUUUUGUGUUUACAUUGUAAAUAAAGAGAUUUCAGGUAAGAAAUUGUGACAAUAUCAUUUGAAGAAUCAUUUAAAGAUGUUUACUCAAUAAAAAUAUUUUGAAUA